CCGCAAGUAACUCUCCACUCCUCGCUCGUCAGUUUUCCCACCCAUGAUACACCGGUACUACCUGGUAGACCUCGAGCCACAAGACCCUAUCAUAUCAGACCAGUCUUAUUUGCUUCUUUACUUCCCGCUCUGUCUCUACCAUACCUCCACCUUGCCUUACCUUAGUCAUUUACUCCAGUCCUCCUCAAUCCAACCAGCCCUCUCCCCGUUGCAGCGGCAGUAUCACGCAUGCCACUGGCGAAUCCUCACCAACUGCCUCAUACCGUUUUUUCUGUGUCAAAUGUUUAGACAACCUUUGUUAGGAGGGAAAUGGGAAGUGGGAAUACACUGUAUGCUGCGAGAUUCCUGAUACUGUCGGAGUUUCUACUAGUUACACAGCUCACUACGCAAUCCACUCGAUUCCACUCGAUUCCACUCGAUUCCACUCGAUUCCACUCACCAAAUUCUUCCAGCUUUCGAUAUCACUCGUUUCCAACCUCUCUUCACCGGUCCGGAUUUGCCCAAAUUAAUGCACUGCACUGCGGCAAAUUUACAAGCGAAGGACAUGCAGCGGAUACAUUCCAGCCAGCCCUCCACAGCCCUGCCCAGACCUGCCCUCCCUUUCCAGAUGCGCAAACCGCAAGCGCGAGCGUGACGGAGGGGCGGAGUAUGAACAUUCCAGCCGACCCUGGCGGCAAAUGCAAACGAGAUGCGCUCAAACGCGCGAUAAUGCGACGAGUGAGAAUUCCCGCCUCACAGUCGGGAUAUCGGUGGUGGUCGGCGACUCACUCACUCACUCACUCACUCGGGAUGUAAUUCAUCCCUCCCUCCUUCCCU